AUGAGAAUCCUUGUCGGAGUCAAGAGAGUCGUCGACUACGCCGUCAAAAUCCGCGUGAAGCCGGACCGCUCCGGAGUUGUGACCGAGGGAGUUCAGCACAGCAUGAACCCGUUCGACGAGAUCGCUCUCGAAGAGGCCGUCAAACUCAAGGAGAAGAAGCUCGCCACUGAAGUGGUCGCGUUCUCUCUGGGAGGACCAAAAUCUGCCGAAGUUCUGAGAACCGCCCUGGCCAAGGGAGCCGACAAGGCGAUCCACGUGCAAGUGACAGACGCCGAAGCUGGAAAGCUGGAAUCAUUCCACGUUGCAAAGGCGCUGCAGAAGAUCGUGGAGCAGGAGAAGUUCGACGCUGUCUUCCUCGGAAAGCAAGCGAUCGAUGACGAUUCUUCGCAAACAGCCCCACUUCUCGCCGGUCUUCUCGAUUGGCCUCAGGCCUUGUACGCCUCGAAAGUCGAGGAUGCCGGUGCCGGACACGUGAAAGUGACGAGAGAGAUUGACGGUGGACUCGAUACUAUCAAGGUAAAGUUACAGCAUUUCUCGAAUCAUUAACGACAAGUUCACAGGUCAAAACUCCGUUCGUUCUCUCUGCGGACCUUCGUCUCAACGAGCCUCGUUAUGCGACUCUUCCCAACAUCAUGAAGGCGAAGAAGAAGCCACUAAAGAACGUUCCCAUCAAGGACUUGGGAGUUGAUCUGGCUGCUCAAACGGAGACUACUGAGGUCACUGAGCCGCCAGUUCGUCAGGCCGGAGGAUUCGUUGAAGACGUGUCCGCUCUCGUCGCCAAACUGAAGGAGAAGGGAUUCGUCAAGGCAUAG